UAUUCGGCCGAGUCUUCGUUAUUUUACAUCCACGGCGAUGGAGGAAACCGAGAAAGUUGCGUGCAGUUUAUUAAUGUAUCUCUAAGAGGUUGUUCGACCGUCCAUGGAGGCAAAUUUAUAAACGUGUCUGUUUAACUUGACAAACUCGCGUCCAAACGUUGUUCCGAGAUAAGGUGCAUCUCGUGCGUGACAUAACCCCAAUUUUUCAUCGAAGAUGUCUCAUGAUCACAUGGCGCACAUGAUGAACGCAUCGGGGAGCCUCACUGCCCAUGAUUCUAUGUCCCAUUCGGACAUGGAUCAUUCGAAAAUGCACCAAGAUAUGUUGCACGGUUCUAUGGAUCACGGCAGUAUGGAUCAUGGUAGUAUGGAUCAUGUCUCUGCCUCUACGGAUGCGUGUGCCAAUAUGGGGCAUAGUAUGUCGAUGGCAUUCCACGGCGGAUACUGUGAAAAUGUGUUGUUCGAGUCCUGGAAAAUUUCGUCGGUCGGCGGCUUGAUCGGAUCGAUGAUCGGUAUUAUGAUCAUGGCCGCGCUUUACGAAGGUUUGAAAUAUUAUCGGGAAUACCUGUUUUGGAAGACGUAUAAUGCUCUUCAGUAUAGAAGCGUCAAGAUGCCGGAAAAGAACGUCGUGGCUGAGGAUAAUCGAGUGAUACAUAUGGUCGGCGAAGUAAUUCACAAGCAGCCGCCAACAAUGUUGUCAUGGAUGCAUACAUUUCAAACGUUCUUACACAUUGUCCAAAUCGUGCUGUCGUAUUUCCUCAUGCUGAUCUUCAUGACGUACAAUGUAUGGUUGGGGAUAGCUGUAGUGUUCGGUGCAGCAAUUGGUUACUUCUUAUUCGGAUGGAAAAAAUCUGUUAUCGUAGAUGUCACCGAGCAUUGUCACUAGCUGUUAAUGUAUUUACAUUAGAUUCUGUUAUCAUGAUGAAAAUGAACAUAACGUGUACAUUACCGCAAAGGUUCAUAACAAAUUAGAGAAAUUCUAAAACGAUCGAUUGUAUGCGAUAGAUACGUGCAGGAAACAUAAUUUUCUCGAGUUCAUGGUAUCCACGGAAAUAUACGAAGGAAAAGUUUUUUAGUUUGAAUUUAUUCUUAUGCAUAGAUAUUUUAUGCAUACAGAAUACCAUUUUUCAGUUACUCGCUGAAAGAGAAGAGCAUGGUUUGAUUAUUACUGGAUGGAUAAAUGUCUAUAAAAGGCGAACUUGUAUACAAAAAUAUUGGAAGAUUGAUCUUUGACACGGACAAACUGUAUCACAUUUACUUUGUAAAUAUCGUUAAGAAAUUUAAAUGAGAAAAGUGAAAUGCGCGCAUACUUUUCUCCAAACCUUUACACAUUUACCCUUAAUUUUGUAUUGUAACAUACUUUACACACUUUUAUUAUUCGAUCGAGUUUAAUGUUUAAAAAAAAAAAAAGUAUGCAGUGGUGUCUCGAAUAUUGCUUACAUCAUGAUGUACUGUUACAAUGUAACGUUACUGACAAUUGU